AUUACUCCCCGCACGGCGCUUCCCCCCACUCCGGCCCGCAUCGCGCAGCCCGCGCCACCUGACCGCCUCUCCCUCGCCGGCAACCCGCAGCGCAGCGGCGACCGGCGACGGCGAGCGCCUCCAUCACCUGCCGGCGGCGAGUCGUCGGCGAGCCGCAUUCAAGCUUGGAUUCCUGAAUCUUAUGGCUUCAUUCCUUUGGAGAUUGUAAUUCAGCAAGCUUUAUAUUGAAUUUGUGAAAAUAGAGAUGAGUUCUCUGAAGAAAUCCGACAAGAAAGCUGCCCUGGAUUUCGCAGCAUGGAGUUUCAAUGUUACUACAUCAGUUGGAAUCAUCAUGGUCAACAAAGCUUUAAUGGCUACUCAUGGAUUUAGUUUCGCCACAACUUUAACCGGGCUUCAUUUUGUGACUACCACCUUGAUGACUAUCGUAUUUCGGUGGUUAGGUCUGAGCCAGCCUUCCCACUUGCCGCUAGCAGAUCUGAUUAAAUUUGUCAUAUUUUCAAACUUGUCGAUUGUUGGGAUGAAUGUGAGCUUGAUGUGGAACUCUGUGGGCUUUUAUCAGAUAGCAAAGCUGUGCAUGAUACCUGCAUCAUGUCUUCUGGAGGUUGUCUUUGAUCAUGUACAUUAUUCCCGGGACACAAAGCUGAGCAUAAUGGUUGUGCUCAUAGGAGUUGCAGUCUGCACAGUCACUGAUGUCAGUGUGAAUGCAAGAGGCCUAAUUGCGGCUGUUAUAGCUGUUUGGAGCACAGCUUUGCAGCAAUAUUAUGUUCAUUUUCUCCAGAGGAAGUACUCACUGAACUCAUUCAAUCUCCUGGGCCACACUGCUCCAGCCCAGGCAGGAUCCCUCCUGCUAGUGGGACCAUUUGUAGAUUUCUUGUUGACAGGCAAAAGGGUGGACCACUUCAAUUUCUCAUCUCUUGCUCUGUUUUUCCUCACGCUCUCAUGUUUCAUUGCCAUCGGUGUCAACCUGAGCCAAUUCAUCUGCAUUGGCCGGUUUUCUGCUGUAUCCUUCCAAGUCCUGGGCCACAUGAAGACUGUUCUUGUUCUGUCCCUCGGGUUUCUCUUUUUUGGCAAGGAGGGCCUGAAUCUUCAGGUAGUUCUUGGGAUGGUCCUUGCUGUUCUCGGAAUGAUAUGGUAUGGGAACGCGUCAGCUAAACCAGGUGGCAAAGAGCGGCGUAGUAUAUUGCCAGUGAGGUCUGCAAGUCUCAAGGGAAGUUCAGAAGAAAAGGCCGGUGCUGAGAAAUAGUCUUGCUAUCUCACUCCAUUUGAGAGAACCAUUUUUUCUUCGAGGUUAAAUUUCUGGUGGAGCAAGCACCGCAGAAGUGGAAAGCUUCAUGUUUACUGCAGGAGCUGAAUUCUUUGUGUCUAGAAACUCUUAUAGGUAUACAGUACGACUUCAUUUUUGACUCUGAAUCAUUUGCAGCGAGUGAAAUGACAUGUUUUACAAGACUUGAGGACGGGGUUUUACCAAAUAUAGUGUAAUUGUUUGCGAAACAUUGACUUCUGUAUUUCAUGUGAAUUUGUGCUGAGCCUAUUA